AUGGACACCUCCUCGGUCGGCGUUCUCCUGUCUUUGCCGGUCCUGCUGCAGCUGGCGGCCGGGGGCGGCUCGCCCAAGCCCGGCACGCUGCUGCGGGGGUGCCCCGCGCACUGUCAGUGCGAGCCGGACGGCAGGAUGCUGCUCAGGGUGGACUGCUCAGACCUGGGGCUUUCGGAGCUGCCCUCCAACCUCAGUGUCUUCACUUCCUACCUGGACCUCAGUAUGAACAACAUCAGUCAGCUGCCCCCGAGUCCUCUCCACAGUCUGCGCUUCCUGGAGGAGCUACGUCUUGCUGGAAACGCUCUGACGUACAUUCCCAAGGGAGCAUUUGCUGGCCUUUACAGUCUUAAAGUUCUUAUGCUACAGAACAAUCACCUAAGACAGGUACCCACAGAGGCGCUACAGAACCUGCGAAGCCUUCAGUCCCUGCGUCUGGAUGCCAACCGCAUCAGCUCCGUGCCCCCCAGCUGCUUCAACGGCUUGCAUUCCCUGAGGCACCUAUGGCUGGAUGACAACGCGCUGACGGAGAUCCCGGUCCAGGCUUUCAGAAGCUUAUCAGCACUGCAGGCCAUGACCUUGGCCCUGAACAAAAUACACCACAUACCAGACUAUGCCUUUGGAAACCUCUCCAGCUUGGUGGUUCUACAUCUCCAUAACAAUAGAAUCCACUCCCUGGGAAAGAAAUGCUUUGAUGGGCUCCACAGCCUAGAGACUUUAGACUUAAAUUAUAAUAAUCUUGAUGAAUUCCCCACUGCAGUCAGGACACUCUCCAACCUUAAAGAACUAGGAUUUCAUAGCAACAAUAUCAAGUCGAUACCGGAGAAGGCCUUUGCAGGCAACCCUUCUCUUAUUACAAUACAUUUCUAUGACAACCCCAUCCAGCUUGUUGGGAGAGCUGCUUUUCAACAUUUACCUGAACUAAGAACACUGACUUUGAAUGGUGCCUCACAAAUAACUGAAUUUCCUGAUUUAACUGGAACUGCGAGCCUGGAGAGUCUGACUUUAACUGGAGCCCAGAUCUCAUCUCUUCCUCAAACUGUCUGUGAUCAGUUACCUAAUCUCCAAGUGCUAGACCUUUCUUACAACCUGCUAGAAGAUUUACCCAGUUUUUCAGUCUGCAAAAAGCUUCAGAAAAUAGACCUGCGGCAUAAUGAAAUCUAUGAAGUUCAAGCUGACACUUUCCAGCAGCUGUUCAGCCUCCGAUCUCUGAAUUUAGCUUGGAACAAGAUUGCCAUUAUUCACCCUAAUGCAUUUUCCACCUUGCCAUCUCUAAGAAAGCUGGACCUCUCAUCCAACCGCCUGUCAUCUAUUCCUGUAACUGGGUUACAUGGUUUAACUCACUUAAAAUUAACAGGAAAUCAUGCUUUACAGAGCUUGAUAUCAUCUGAAAACUUUCCAGAACUCAAGGUUAUAGAAAUGCCUUAUGCAUAUCAGUGCUGUGCAUUUGGAGUGUGUGAGAAUGUCUAUAAAAUUUCUAAUCAGUGGAAUAAAGGUGACAACGGCAGUGCAGAAGACCUUCAUAAAAAAGAUGCUGGAAUAUUUCAAGUUCAAGAUGAGCGUGAUCUUGAAGAUUUCCUACUUGACUUUGAGGAAGACCUGAGAGCCCUUCAUCCAGUGCGGUGCUCACCUUCCCCAGGCCCUUUCAAACUUUGUGAAUACCUGUUCGGUAGCUGGCUGAUCCGAAUUGGAGUGUGGACCAUAGCGGUUUUGGCACUGACGUGUAACGCCUUGGUGACCUCCACAGUGUUCAGAGCCGCAGUGUACAUAUCCUCCAUAAAACUGUUAAUCGGGUUAAUAGCCACGGUCAACAUGCUCAUGGGGGUGUCCAGUGCAGUGCUGGCGGGCGUGGACGCCUUCACUUUCGGCAGCUUUGCGCAACACGGUGCCUGGUGGGAGCAGGCGGUCGGCUGCCGGGUCGUCGGCUUUUUGUCCAUUUUUGCUUCGGAAUCUUCAGUUUUCCUGCUCACCCUGGCAGCCCUGGAGCGUGGGUGGUCGGUGAAAUGCUCAGCAAAAUUCGAAACGCAAACUCCCUUCCCCAGCCUGAGAGCGACCCUAGCGCUCUGCGCGCUGCUGGCGGGGACCGUGGCCGCCGUGCCCCUGCUGGGCGGCAGCGAGUACAGCGCCUCCCCGCUCUGCCUGCCGCUGCCCUUCGGGGAGCCACGUGCUACGGGCUACAUGGUGGCCCUCGUCUUGCUGAAUUCGCUUUGCUUCCUCGUGAUGACCGUCGCCUACACCAGGCUCUACUGUCACUUGGAAAAGGGAGACCUGGAGAGCAUGUGGGACUGCUCCAUGGUGAAACACGUGGCCCUGCUGCUCUUCACCAACUGCAUCCUGCACUGUCCCAUGGCUUUCUUGUCCUUCUCCUCUUUACUGAACCUCACCUUCAUCAGCCCGGAAGUCAUUAAGUUUAUCCUCCUGGUGAUCGUCCCCCUUCCUGCCUGCCUCAAUCCCCUUCUCUACAUCCUCUUCAAUCCCCAUUUUAAGGAGGAUCUGGGGAGCCUGGGAAAGCAAACCCACUUUUGGACAAGAUCGAAACACACAAGCCUGAUGUCUAUUAACUCUGACGAUGUGGAGAAACAGUCCUGUGACUCAACCCAAGCCUUGGUGACCUUCACCAGUGCCAGCAUAGCCUACGAUCUGCCUUCCGGUUCCGGGUCAGCACCAGCUUAUCCGAUGACCGAAAGCUGUCAUCUUUCAUCUGUGGCAUUUGUCCCGUGUCUCUAA